CACCAGCACAGUUGAGAUCGGCGUCUGCGGACUAACUGGUGGUUGGUAGCUUCCGGAGGGGGGCGUUGUAAACAUUAGCGACCGACGGCCACAGUGGACCCUCGGGUACCAUGGUGAAGGCGACAAUUAGACCCGCUUCCCGAGAGCCCACGCGCAAAUUUUUAACAGUGUCUCCACUUUCCACCUGCCGGACCGCCCUCCUUUGGCUUCUGUUUGAUGGUUGCACUCCACCCCACAAACUGACCUCAGAGUAACCGACACACAAAAUGGUGGACGUCGCAAAGUGGCCCCUCUUCAGUCUGAUGGCACCCCAGGAACUGGCCUGCGUAUGGAAAGCAUUUGUUUUUGGAGCAUCCGCAAAUGAGGCCAUCUUCAUAACCAGCGACGAUGAGGUCUAUGUGUUUGGGCUCAACUGCAGCAACUGCCUGGGCACCGGAGACAGCCAGAGCACCAUUGUGCGCAAGAAGCUGGACUUCCUGAGUGGCAAGAAGGUGAUCAGCAUGAGCUACGGCAGCGGUCCGCACGUGCUACUGGCCACCGAGGAUGGCGAGCUGUUCGCCUGGGGACACAAUGGCUACAGCCAGCUGGGGAACGGGACCACUAACCAAGGGCUAGCGCCAGUGCUGGUGACAACUAACCUGCUCAACAAGAAAGUGACCGAGGUGGCCUGCGGCUCGCACCACUCCAUGGCGCUCACUGAAUUUGGAGAGUUGUACGCGUGGGGCUACAAUAACUGCGGCCAGGUGGGUUCGGGUUCUACAGCCACUCAGCCUCACCCGCGUCGUGUUACCAGCUGCCUUCAAAACAGGACGGUGGUCAGCAUCGUCUGUGGACAGACCUCGUCCAUGGCGGUAGUGGACAACGGCAAGGUGUUCAGUUGGGGCUACAAUGGGAACGGGCAGCUGGGAGUGGGGAAUAACGGCAACCAGCUGACUCCUUGUCGAGUCACCGGUUUGCAGGGUCUGUGUGUGCAACAGGUCGUGUGUGGGUAUGCACAUUCAUUGGCGCUGACGGAUGAAGGCAUCCUCUACGCGUGGGGCGCCAACACAUACGGGCAACUCGGCACGGGCAACAAGAGCAACCACCUUAGCCCCGUGCAGAUUAUGAGUGAGGAAGGAAGGAUCGUGGAGGUGGCUGCCUGUCACUCGACGCACACGUCAGCCGCCAAAACGCAGAGCGGCCAGGUGUACAUGUGGGGCCAAUGCAGGGGCCAGUCCAUUCUGCUGCCCCACCUCACGAACUUUGCCUGCACUGACGACGUCUUUGCCUGCUUUGCCACACCCUCGGUGAUGUGGAGGCUUCUGUCCAUGGAGUUUGAUGACUUUCUGACGGUGGCUCAGUCACUCAAGAAGGAGUUUGACAACCCAGAAACGUCCGAUCUCAAGUUCUGCGUGGAUGGCAAAUACAUUCAUGUCCACAAAGCAGUUCUCAAGAUCAGGUGUGAAUACUUCCGCACCAUGUUCCAGUCGCACUGGAAUGAAGACAUGAAGGAAGUGAUUGAAAUCGACCAGUUUUCCUUCCCAGUGUAUCGCUCCUUCCUGGAAUUCCUCUACACCGACAAUGUGGAGCUGCCGCCAGAGGACGCCAUCGGACUUCUGGACUUGGCCACGUCCUACUGCGAGAAUCGUCUGAAGAGUCUGUGCCAGCACAUCAUCAAGAGUGGCAUCACGGUGGAGAACGCCUUCACGCUGCUGUCGGCCGCCGUGCAAUACGACGCCGAGGAUUUGGAGGAGUUCUGCUUCAAGUUUUGCGUCAACCAUCUGACUCGAGUGACGCAGACGGAUGCCUUCUGUCAAAGCGACGGUAAUUUACUCAAGGAUUUCAUACGUCGCGCCAGCCGUUGCGGCGCUUUCAAGAACUGACCUAGAAAUUAUGCGUUCAGGGACAUUUAGUCCAGUCACCUUUUUUUUUUUUUUUUCUUCUACUUGAAAGACUUGUGGUAUUCAACUGACCAAGGAACUUUAAGCACUUUUUCUACUUUUUUUUUUCCUUUCCAUUGACUGACCAUUUGCACUUGUGGACAGUUCCAAAUGUUUUCAUCAGUAGCACUUACUCGGAAAGCAUAUAUCCAAUAGUGCCCUGCAAAUAAAUGCUCAAAACAUUUGAUAUUUUUGAGCGUAUCAAAA